ACAUGACCAAAGUGACUGUCCCUGUAAGAUGUUGAUAUAGUUGACAGUCACAAACAUGAAACCGAAAAGUUUAUUUGUGGUAUUUUUCUAUGUUACAUUGUUGGAUAUUAGCCUUGCGGCAUUAUCUAGUGAGUAAAAAACAUAUAUUUAGGCAAAUAUAUAAACAUUAUUGUCAGAAAAACAAACUUUAUCACACCUGAUAUGACCUACAUUAGUCAACAUGGCGGACAGGUGCAAACGCGGAAAUGAACUUAAAAAUGUUUAUAACAUUAUGCCGCGGUCACAGUUUUCAUUGCAAAUAGUUUGAUAUUUAUUAUUUAAAAUAACGUAACAUAAAUUAUAAAAUGACUAGAACAACCACACAUCACUUCUUUUAAUAUAAAAAUGUACCAUUUAUUUUAAGUUAGCCUACCGACUACACUACUCUAUACUCUUUAGUCUAUUAUAUAUAGUCUCAGUACUAACUUACUUAACUAACUUAACUUAGCUUAUAUACAUUUCAUUAACUUGAUUAAGUCAUAAGUAUAUGUCUACUCAAGACUGUCAGUGGGUCAAGUCUACUGACUCUACUAAACUAAGAGUACUAAGACUAAGACACCAUUGAACUCUAGUCUACUACUACUCUGUAUCAGUAUCAGUAUAUUUUUAUUUUAGAUGGUGUUCAGCAAGCCACACUAACCAAAGCACACAGUGCCUUCUACUUCUACAUUGUGUCCUAAGUUUGUAGAAUGUUUCCUGACAAAACAUUUGAAAUAUGAACCAGCACUUGCGGUCCGACGGCCAUGGUUUUAUUAUAUAUAUUAUUACAAGAAAAAUUAUUCUUAAAACAAAAUUCGAAGUGGUUAUUCUGACCUGGCGAUCAGAAGUGAGAGGUUGGGAUUAAAAAAUGUUUAAAAUAUUAUUGUUGGGUUUGUAAGAUUAAAUUUGGAAUCGAAUGAAAGAUAAUUGAAUGGACUAUAUGUUUGUAAACUUAAUUCUUCAGUUUAACUAAAAUAAACUACCGCAAAUGACAUCCGAAUAGCAUUUAGUCAAAAUGGAACCAGAAAUGCAUCGCCGCUAUUCAGACCUGUGUUCUCAAACCAGGAUUCAUUUUUUUUAAGUUAGCCUAAACUUUAGAACUGCGUUGAAGUUAUGCUAUCGGCUAUUGUCAUACUCUUAAAAACAUUUUACAAAAAAUUUAUUUCAGGGGAAGUGUAUGAAUAUAUAGACUGCAAGCCUUUGCACCAACAACGUGUGGGUGUUGAAGAUGGGAGGAUACCAGACAGUGCACUAAUUGCCAGCUCAUUCAAUACCAAACGUCAGCCUAAAGAUGCCAGGGUCGGCAGAUCAGCAGGUAUUGCCAGGACAUUCUUCCACUCAAACCCUAUUGCUUAUAAGUUAAUGGAAAAAUGCUAAAUUAAUAACUAAUAACAGCUCUUUAGUAAAAGACGGGGGCAUGAAGAUUUAUCUCUGCUUACUCAAUUCUAUACAAUGAAGUCUAAAUCGGUUGAGUUAAAUCCAUUGAAAAGUACGUACAAGUUUAUUAGUAAAUAGGCCUACUUACAUUGUUUUAUCACAUAAGAAUGUUUCAUGCAUUGAAUUGGCUCAUUUAACCUUCUAAAUGUAGUACUUGUAUUUUUCUGACUCACAUCAAGUCUAAAUUGAGUAUUUUACAUAUAAUGGAUCUUUAUAAUGUUGCUUUAAUUUAAAUACUUGUUUUGACCAAAGAAAUGCAUCUCAUUUUUAUUUUUUUAGUGAUUACAUAAUGAUGAUUAUUUGAGAAAAAACAAUUAUUUCUUCACAUUUUACAUGUGAACAAAUCUAUAAAACAAUUCUGAAACAUCUCUUAAUUCUCUCACCAACAAUCAGGAGCCUGGUCACCAUCUAUACAGAAUGCAUUUCAGUGGCUCCAGGUUGACAUGGGUAAACAAUACAUAGUCACAUCAGUCUACGUCCAAGGCAGGCAGGGCAGUGAUGAAUAUGUCAGGGAGUUUUUCCUGGAAUAUUCUGAUGACGCUACGACUUGGAGGAGAUACACAAACCAGCUGGGUAUUCCAGAGGUAAGAAUUCUCACAUGGUCCUAGGUCAUGGGUUUAGGUCACAGGUCAUGUAGACUGAUGUGCAUCAGAUUAACAAGUUAUGUUUAAAUUGUUCAGGCUUUAUAAGUAGGCUAGAGCUCAGUGUAGCAACAUUAAUUAUUUUAUAAUUAUAAUAGUAUCAUCACUCAAUGAAAACUCAAUGACAAGAUAGAUGAUAAAAUAUAAUGUUGAUUUUUGUUCACGGCAUCUAGAAACUGUUGAUUUUGAUUUGGGAAGAUGUAUCCUUCUUCUGUUAAAUAUUUUUAGCUUGAGUGACCAUCUUUAAUUUUAAUAUUUUUUUACAUGAGACCAUUUUAUUUUAAUUUAAAAUCUCUAUAUUACAAAAGUUAAUACAAAACAUAAAGUCAAUGUAUAGAUCAAAACAUGUUUUUUUAAAUUUUAUAUAAAUAUGAAUAUUAAGUUAUUAAUUAAGAUAUUUAAUCAGUGGCAUUUAGUAUGAGUUUGUGGUAUAAAAGAGUUCAAAGGGUCUAGAGCAGUGGUUCUUAACCUUUUUGGAGGUACCGAACCCCACCAGUUUCAUAUGCGCAUUCACCAAACUCUUCUCAGGAAGAAAAAUAAAAUAUGAUUUUUUUUUGCUGAUUUUUUUUGGACCUCCGCCGAACACCUCCUGAGACCGAACCCCUGGGUUUCGAGCGAACCCAGCUUAAGAACCACUGUUCUAGAGGCACGAAUGUUACUAAUUUUUAAUUAUUUUUUUUGUUUUUGAUGGGAUGAAAAUUUCUUUACUUGUCAUAGGAAUUGAAGAUUUUUUAAUUACUUUCAAUAAGAUAGUAAUCAGAUGAAAUAUAUCCACAGAUAUUUGAAGGUAACAAUGAUGAUUCAUCUCUGCAAAUGAGAGUACUGACCUACCCUGUUGUGGCUCGUUAUGUGCGAUUCAACCCUCAAAGAUGGAACAUGGUCAUCUCCUUGAGAGUGGAAGUUGUUGGAUGUCCAUUUGGUGAGUCUUUUUGGAUACUUUAUAUUAUUUUUCCAUACACUUGCGCAGCUACACUAUUAACUUGUUAUGUCUCUGGGAAGUGUCUGUGCAUCAUAGACAACCCAUUUGAAAUUUGUUUGAAACAUGUUCAGGCAAUUAGUUGAACAAACAUCAUUACUUGUGGGUUAAGGACUUAAUUCAUUUUAUGAAUUAAUGUGUUGUUUGAUAUACAUGGGCUGGCUAUCUUACUUCAUUUUAUGAAAAAAUUAUUUUUGUUGUUGUUGCAGAGCCUGACACUGCCUCAUUUGAUGGGGAAAGCUACAUAGAGUAUGACAUGAGCAGACAGGCUGUUCAGACCACUCAAGAUUCUGUGGAACUCCGAUUUAGAACUGGUCGACCAGAUGGUGUCUUGUUGUAUGCCAGUGGAAAUCAAGGAGAUCUCUUUAUGCUUGAAAUGUCAAGGGGAGUUUUGUACUUUAAAAUUGAUCUUGGUGAGAUGAGUAGAAAUAUUGAAUACUUUUUACAUACAUGUUAACAUUCAACUUACAUAGGUUAGGCAGAAUAUACUUUUAUCCAACAUUUGAAAUUCUUCUAUUGGCCUGCCUUGUGCUAAAAUAAUAUAAUAAAUUAUAUAAUUGUUAUAAAAUUAAACGUCUAUAUAAUAUAAUAAAAAUAUAUUAAUAAAAUAUGAAUAAAUUCAUUAAUUUUUUUUCAUACUUCCAUUAAUACUAUGUACAAAUGCUGUAUAUACUGAAAAAAAUAUUUGGUUUCUCCAGGGUCUACAACUGAGACCAAAGGUUUAACUGAAAUCAAAGCUGCCAGCUUACUUGAUGACAACCAGUGGCAUGAUGUCAUCAUUACCAGAGACAAACAAAGGCUGAAAGUUGUAGUGGACAGGCUCAUCAAUAUAGUGGAUACUUAUGGUCUCUUUUUUAGGCUGGAUAUUGAUAAAUUUGUAAGUGUCAAUAAAAUAAACAGACAAGUUGGCCCAUACAUUUUAUUUGAUUAAUCAUGGUCCUUUGACGCUGGAGCUGUCCUUCAUGAGUUUUAUCUAUACAUUUCUCUUGACUUUUCUUACAUGGUUUAUCAGAUUGUCAUUGUUGAAUUCUAAUUUAAUGAGUUUUACUUAACACUUGAUAUCAACAUAGCCCAUAGUAAGAAAAGUCUAAUCUUGUGUCCACAUGGAUUUUCCUCCCUGUGGUGUGAAAAAUAAUGUUAUAACACAGUAACAAUUUCAUAAAGUCCUUCAUAAAUUAAGUUAACUUUGUUAUUUUACAUUCAGGAAUCUGUAUUGCUACAGCUAGCAUAAUUAACCUAAGAAUCUUUAAAUUCAUUUUCUGAGUCCAUUUUUUGUGAACAAUUUCUAUUGGGCUGUGUAUAAAAAUCACUACAUUGUUUUUAAGAAAAUUUGAUGUUAAAUGAGCUCUUUUCAUUUUAAAAUUGUGCUGCAUCCUUAACAAAGUGAUUAAAGAUGUUAGAGUGCAUGCAAAUUGAUGGGGAGAGUAUUCAUGAAUAUUUCUUCUCACUGUGUUAUAUAGACAUAUUUCUUUGUCUUGUAAAUAUAAUAUAUAAAAGCAAUUUACUUUUUGUUUGGACCUGUUAAAAAAAAUAUACACACAUUUAACAAGCCUCUUGUUAUUUCUCAUAAACUGCAUCACAUGUAAAAAGGGGGAGGUGAAAAAUUUGUGACGUAGUGUAUAGUUUGUGUUACAAAUUUGGCGAUUUAUAAUCACUGUUAUCUUCUUUGUCUUAUAAUUAAAUUUUAAAAUAUUUUAAAAACAAUAUUGUUGUGACGGAUAUUUUAAAAACUCGACCAAAGUUUCAAAUCGAACCUGCCUCCCUUGAUCUAUUUCUCUCAAUAGAUGUACAUUGGUGGAGUUCCCUACUUUAACCAAGCAGGCAUCACAGUCAAAUACAAUUUCAUUGGUUGUGUACAAAACAUCAACCUGAAUGGGGCAAAACUUAUCAGAGAUGCUAUGAGUGGGACAGUUGGUACCAUAUCCAUGGUUAAGAAUGUCAACCCCUAUUGCAAUGUGAGUCAUUGUUGAUAUACAGGUUAUAGGUUUUUAAUGUUGUUUAUAUAAGUUAACAGAAAAGAAGUCUGAUGUACCAAGAUACUUUGUUAAAAAGAAAAUGAAAUGGUUAAUUUAUUAUUUUAUCUUCCCAAUAGUAAUUUUUAGGAAUGUUAAUCAUUGUUAUUAAUUUUGAUUUUUUCAUCCAUUCUUAGGCAGUUUUUAUAUUAUCAUUGUUAUUAAUGUUAAUAUUUUUUUAUCUAUUCAUUGGUGAUUAUUAUAUUAUCUUUGUUAUUAAUUUUAAUAUUUUGUCAUCCAUUCAUCAGCGUUUUUUUUUCAUUAUUCUCCAGGUGCUCGCAAAAGUGCCUAUAACAUUCCCAACACUUGAAUCCUACCUCUUUAUCACCGCAAUAUCAGGGAGAGUCAUUCAUGUUCAGUUUGAUUUCCGAACACAUGAUAAGGAUGGAUUGUUGGUCUUCCAUAAGAUGGGGACCGGUACUGAUGCCACUGUCACUGUAAGUCUAUUGGCUCUUUCUUUACAAUUUUGAAAAAGAAAAAAAAAUCUUAGAAAUGUUUCAACUCUUAAGUUCAACAGUCAUAAUAUAGUUUGUUAUUAGAUGUACUCUGGAUGCUUUUAUUUGAGUUUAAUGUAAUUUAUCCCUACACCACUAAUAGGUUACAAUUAAUGAAAGUGGCUUUGUGAAGUACUCCAUUGUCACUCUGGAUGGUCAGCUUGUAGAGGAUCUGGUGAGAAACAGUAAGUAUCACUAGUAGCAUGCCUAAAUUUUCUCCAUGUUUAGAAAAAUUGAAGAAAAAAAGACUGAUUCUAAUAAGCCAUAUUAGUUGAGUUAUUUAGUAUUAUACAUAAUGAAUAAAUUCAUAUAUAUUUUUUUCAGCUGAUGUGAAUUCCCCUGAAGGUUCCUUCACAGAUGGCUUGUGGCACUCCUUCUAUCUGUACAUUGACAGUGAGAAAAUCAACUGCACCGUUGACAGGAAUGCCAAAGUGUCCAUGCGAAAAUUGAAUGUGCAAGCUGAGACAGAUUUUUUCAUUGGUGAGACUUAUAAACUAAUGAGACGAUUGUUGAAAAAAUGUAUAUAACUAUUCAUUCAGAUGUUGCUAAAUUUAUGCAAAUUUUUAAUUUUUAUAUAGCUUUAUAAAAGGGAUAUAGAGUAUUUAUUUUUAAAUGGGAUAUGCAAUCAUUUUUUUCUUAUCCAACAUGUGUCUUAUAAAUAUUUAAGAUGUGCUCAAUUAAGCACAUAUGUUGAUAGAUUAUUUUACUUGGUUGAGAAUAUUAACUUUAUUUUGUUAUUUGGUAAAUUUAACCUAUUUAACAAUUCCUAUUAAGAUUGUAUGACACUCAUGUCUUGAUUUUUUUUACAAGUAAUAAGGUUUUUACUGCUUGUUUCUCUUUCUUGGGUCACAUUUCAGACUCACAAAACAAUCUGCAGACCCGCCAACCCUUCCGAUUUUAUCGGAAUUAAACGGAUUUUUUAACCCCCAUUCCGACCUUCUGACAAACCCCUUAAAAUUCCGAUUUUCCAAACAUUAUAAUUUUUCACCAGUCAUAAAAAUCCGAUUGCGAAAAAAAACCAUGUGACAAAAAAAAAAAAAAAAAAAAAAAAAAGUGGGUCCGACAGGAAGUAGUGCAUUUCGAUACUGCCACUUUGUUUUGAUCAAAGCGAACCUCGAAUUCCAUUCUUCAUUCAUCAAUUAAUCAGAUCGUGAUUUAUCCUUAGUUUUACUAGGCUUAUAGUUGUGUUGUGACUUUUUUUGGUGAAAGCUUUACUUUUUAAAAGAAUAAAUUUUUAAAGAGAACUGCUGAAAAAGCUUUUCCAGUGACCGAGGUUGAGAGUGAUAGUGCUCCUAACAAUAAAAAGAAACGGCAUAUUCAACGUUUUCUAAAGGAGUAUUCGGAAAAACACUCAUUUAUUCGGCCAUAACCCCGUGGCGAAACAUUUGCAUUCUGCAAUCUGUGCCAGACCCACUCAUCUAUUGAAAGUAGGGGGUACAAUGACAUUUAUUAACAUAUCUUAACCAAAAAAGAUACAACUGCAGCUAAAAGCAGUGAAUCAACCACAUCCAUGUCUAAUUUCUUUGCCAAGGAAUCGGACGAUACGGUAGAUAAAAAGUGGCACUUUCUGAAAACCUACAAAAAUCCUGUUACAGAUCUAGUAGAAUUAAACCAUUUAUCUACAGCUAUGCUUGCUGUGUGCUGCAUUCCACACAGCAAUGCAGAUGCUGAAAGAAUUUUUUCCAUUGUGAAUAAAAAUUACAGUGAUACAAGGGCAAGCAUGAAAGUUGAUACUCUUUCUAACUUGCUUGUGUCCAAAGAACUGUUAGACAAGUGCAAAAGGCCACUAGGGAUAUACUGGAACACUGAACUCUUAGUUAGCAGCCUCCUGUGUACAUAUGUAAUAAAAUGGAUCUUCUGUACUGUAUAUAUCUGUACAUAAACAUUUCCAGUAAUGUUUUUCUCAUGUUCUGCGGACUCUUCAAAGAUAAUGGAGGUACCUAUAUAUUUCUUUAUUUACUAAAAAAAAAAGGCUGGUGCAUUAGUUUACAGAUCUUAAACCUACGCGCCCCCCCCCCCCACAUAAACAUUUCCAGUAAUGUUUUUCUCAUGUUCUGCGGGCUCUUCAAAGAUAAUGGAGGUACCUAUAUAUUUCUUUAUUUACUAAAAAAAAAAGGCUGGGGCAUUAGUUUACAGAUCUUAAACCGACGCGCCCCCCCCCCCCAGCCCUGGUCGGUGUGCCCUGGGGGCAGCAGCCCCCCUUCCCCCCACAUGCACCACCCCUACAGAUUUUUUUCUUGGCAGGUUGGCAGGUCUGCAAUCUGUAAGUCAAGCGUUUUGUACUUGGCUUUGUAAUAAUUUCUGCUACCGUGCUGAGUCCAAAUUAAUUAUUUGCAGGUGGCCAUGAGCUGUACAAUGGUUUCCGUGGCUGUAUGCGUGAUCUUCAAGUGGCACAAAGAGCUGUUAACCUUGACCUUCUGGCGGCAGAUUCUGUCAACAGAAUAAAAGGGGCAGACAUUGGGACAUGCGCCAUCAGAGACAGGUCAGUUAUGGUCAACAUAUGUAAGGAAAAUGCCACAGCUAUACUUUUUGAUUGAUAGAAAUGUGUAAUUAUCUUUAUUUUUAUAAGCUUAAGUCCCAUACAAACCCGGUGUGAGGAACCAUUUUACUUCCCAGGGCCAUUAGGAUAUUUAUAGUGUCAUUCGCUGGCCAUAAAAAAUCAGGGCUGGCACCCCGGGCAUAAAAAAUGUUUACAGACCAAUAAACCCCCCCCCUUUUUCCUAUUUAUAAAUUAUCCACCCAUUAUAUGAAGAACAUGACCUAUUGGAUUCAAAUAAAUUGGCUGCACAACUUAGUUUUCCAGUACAAUACUUAAUGCAUAGUUCAAUAUAAUUUACUUUAUAAAAAUUAUUAAAGUUAUUUGCCGCCCAAUACAAACAUUUUUGGUACCAUCUUUUGUGUAAUUUUCUUAAUAUAAUUUUUUAAAUUUUGAAUAUUUUCUCAGACAUCGCAAAGUCAAGGUUCUAUUUGUUGCUGAAAUUAUUUUCUCACUGCUUUAUAUUAUUUAAUUCUCUAUAUUUUUUUGAUUUUGAACUCAGCGGGACAGACCAAAUGAUCUCGCUGGCCAUACACGGUCCAUGUGAGAAUUCUUACCUCUGGAAUACCCAGCUGGUUCCCCAGCCCUGCUCUAAACUAUAACAAGCUUCUUUAGUGUUCUAAAUGAUAAAAUAUCAAUAAUUUUUGUAUAACUUAACAUUGUUUAAUUUAAAGGACAUCUAAAGAAUCAGAUUAUAAGUUGUUUACUAUAUUUCUUUAAUGUCAGUUUUAAUCCAGUCAAGAAACAUUUUAAGAUUCACUUGAAACAUAUGUAUGCCUUUUUCUUUUCCCUUACAGAUGCACACCUAACCCAUGUGAACAUUUGGGCGUCUGCAAGCAGACUUGGAAUACAUUUCAAUGUGAUUGUGCUAACACUGGAUAUUUUGGAGAGCUAUGUCAUGCCUGUAUGGGUUUUUUUUUAAAACAUAUUUUACAUUACGUAUAUGUUAGUUUUUGUGUGUGUUACAAUUUUUUUUUUUUUUAAAUGAAUUAAAAAAGGUUAAAAAGGUUUUUGAAAUUAUUUUAGCUUUGGAAAUGGUGAAAUUUCUUUAAUUCAAGAUAGUAGGAUUGGAAUAAAAUUCAUUUUAAGUCAUAUUUCAAUGCUAAAAUUUUUUUCAAAGGUAUUAAAUCAAAUCGUACUAUUGGUCACCUUUUUUAAAACUGUCACAGUUUUCUCUCAAAGAGCUAAUAUUGGUAUAAUUAUAUUACUUAUACUAAUUUAACAUAAUUAAUAUAAUUUAACAUGUCAAAUGCAUUCAAUUUUUUUUACAAACUUAACAGCUUCCUAUCAUAUUUCCUGUGAGAUGCACAAAUACUAUUCCAAUGUUGAAGGCAAGGAGAUGGCCAUGUUGGAUUUGGAUGGUGCUGGGCCAUUAAGACCUUUCCAGGCAUCAUGUGAAAGAGGUAAAAGCUGAUUGCUAGCCCUAUAGUUUUUUUCUUAAAAUACCCACUACUAACACUGCUAUGUUGUAGGGAGGAUAUUUGCAGACUCAGAUAUUUCAGUCUGGACCUUAUGAUUGAAUUAUAUAUAACUCCUGUACAUCUUUUUUCUUUCUUUUUUUUUUUUCACCUUUAUUCUGGGUGCAACUCUUCUUCAGGAGAUUUUCUCCCUUUAAAACUUAUAUUUCAAGUAAUGUCCAUUAAGUAUAGAAAUUAUUUUUAAAGAAGUCUGAUCUUGCCUGUUUUCAGAUACUACUGGUGAAAUUAUCACUUACAUUGGGCAUGACAGCAUGGGUGCCAUUCGGGUCAAUGGCUACCAGGAUCCUGGCUCAUAUACCCGUAAGAUCAACUAUGCAGCCCAGGGUAUUUUAGAGUUGGAAGAGAUCAUUGACAGGUCUCGGUUCUGUCGACAGAAUGUGUUGUAUCGAUGUAAGAAUGCUCGUUUCCUAGCAAAUCCAGGUAUGUUUAAACACCAUCACUUGUAGACCCAGGUUUAAUUAAGCUAAUAUAAUUAAUGUCCGUACAGAAUGGUCCUUCUUUCUUCAAAUAUUUUUUUUAAAGCAAUGAAAUGUUCUUUGUUCAAUUUAUAAGUUACAAUUUAUUGGAACAAAAUUUAGCUAGCUAUUUCCUGGACAGGAAGAAUAUUUGAAGGGUCUAGUGAAAGUCCAUUUUGACAGUUUUUUUAUGAAUUUUGAUCAAGUUUGAAAAACUUGUAUUUUUUAAUGAUUUUUAAAAAUCUCAUUUCCAUCAAGCACAAAUAAAAAAGAAUAAUUAAAAUAUGAAUGAUGCAGGGGAGGUAAUAUGAUAUAAACCUUGUCUUAACUAAUUUUUAAAAAAAUGUUGUUAAAGUACUUUUUCCACUAGGCCAUCAUUUGCUAAAAAUUGGAGAUGUAAAGUUUAUUUUGCAACUUUUACCAUCCAGAACAAAGCACUCCAAUGUCAGAAGUGCCCUUUCAAUUUUUUGUAUCUAGGUUUUAAUAGUUCCUUCCUUUGCAUAAACAAGCUGAUCCCAUGUUCAAUAUGCUCUAUCAGGAAUACAGACGGACAUAAGCAUCAAGACAUGGGGCUGGUGGGUUGGCAGGACCUUCCAGCCAAUGUACUACUGGGGUGGUGCCGCUCCAGGUUCUGGCAAGUGUAAAUGUGGCCUGGAUGAGGAAGGCUGUGGCAGUCAAAGCUCAACUUGCUACUGUGAUAAAGUCAAUACUCAAGGGGUAGGUUUUUUUUAGUUGUUUUUACCUUUUUGUUUGUUUUUUUUCGUCUGAGAUCUAAAUAGAAUAAAAUUGAGAAAUGAAGUGAACAUUUGGGGAGCUCUUGUUUACAUUCAUAAUAUCCAAUUUAAUGUAUACCUUUGUCUGUAUUCUUUUUUUUCUCAAAAAAUCUGUAUUAGAUUGAACAUUGUGUUUUAUACAAACAAUUUUCCAAUGGAAAAAAAGUAUUUAUUUAUUUAUAAUAUUUACAAGGUGCUAUACCAUUAUUUAUAUAUUUUCCUACAAUUUACUAAUUAAAACAUUUACGUUCUUAUGCAAGAAACUAUACUUUAUUUCCAAUUUGUCUUAAGCAGUCCUAAAUUAAAGCUAUGCCAGGUUGACAUCUUACUUUAAAAAUAUGUGCUAUAGUUGUUGGAGAAGAAUGUGUUCGUUUCAUCCUUGUCAUUUCUUUUUUUACGUUACUUAUGCCUUUUACUCCCAUCUGGGGCAGAGGCCAUCUACAAGAAUUUUUCCAUUCAUCCAUUCAUUUCCAGUAACUUCCAGGUGUAUCCCAUACUUUUUGUGUCUGCCUCUAGCUAGAGUCUCCAUUUAUUCUUAGGUCUUCAUCUCUUUCUUUUUCCAUGUGGAUUUCCUGUUAGGGAUUGUCUGGUGAUGUUAUCUGAGGGUUUGCGUAGAGUGUGGCCUAUCCACCUCCAUCUUUACCUUAUGUUGUCUUCAGCAAUAGGCUCUUGGUGUGUCCUUUCCAACAAGUCUUUGUUGUUCCUUUUGGCAUUCCUUAAAUCAUUUUUUUUUUAAAAUGACCAGGUGUCAGACGUAAGUGUUGACCAAGGCUACCUUCAGCACAAAGAGUAUCUGCCUGUGUUGGAACUUCACUUUGGUGACACAGGCUCUACAACAGACGACAAGUGGUCAGAGCAUGAAAUAGGAGAGCUGGAAUGUUUCGGAGACAGUGAGUUUCAUUACUAUUUUUAUUCUGCGUUGUACAGAGCUCUAAAUUGAUAGUACAAGACCCUGCUGGUCUUAAAUAUUGUUAGUUAAUUUUCUGUAUUAUUGUUCAACCAUUUUCUCAAAUUAUUCAAUUAAUUUUUAAUUUUUUUUUCAGACCUUUUUGACAACACGGUUACAUUCACACAGACAGAUGGUGCCCUUGAAUUUCCAACUUUUGAGGCUCAAAAUGCUGGAGAUAUUUGGCUCCAAUUCAAAACCACCGCCGAUGAUGGUGUUUUGGUGCACUGUACUGGCUCAGAAGUGGCAGAUUUUAUCGAAAUCAGACUUUUCCGUAAGCUUUUAAACUUUGUUUAAAACUUAAAAUUUUUAAUGACUAACCUGCAAUUUAAUUUUUAAUAAAUCAUAUAUAAUAUCAAAGAUAAUUUAGCAAUUUUUUUUUUAUUUGCUUCUUUCUCUUUCAGAAUCGGACACCAUUCAAUUCAGAUAUGAUGUUGGCAACGGGGUGUCGGUCUUGUCCUUCAAAUCUCCCUCACCUCUGAACGAUGACACUUGGCACACUAUCCAUGUUGAAAAGAACCGCAAGCAAGCUUGGAUGAAAAUUGAUGAUUUUCCUGGCAGUGUCCUAAAUGAAGAUGCUGAUCUUAUUCGACAGCUUGAUCUUACAACUCCACUCUAUGUUGGUAAGCUAAAUUUAAGUAAACUUGGAACUUUGUUCUGUAUUUCUUUUUUUUUUUUUUUAGGGGUGGGGGAUAAAUUUUUUUUUAUUUUCUAAAAUGAUGAUAAAACAAAUAAGCUAUAAACAGUUCCUAUGUUACUUUUAUUUAUAAGUUAUUGAUCAUUUGAGAUAUUGGCAGCAAUCUUUGCCUUUGCAAUCAUUUUAUUUUUGCUUAACGAAGAAAGCCUCGUUUAAAAAAUGUUUAAAUGCCUACCAUAGGUUCUCUUGUGGGAUACCAAGAUGGGUAUGUUGGCUGCAUGAGAGGACUUCGAGUUAAUGGUCGUCUCAUGGAUAUGUUGGGCAAACUCAGGAAUGGUGCAGUGUAUGGCGUCAGAGCUGGUGAGAAAUUAGCUUUUACUGCCGUAUAAUAUGGUUUUCAAGACACCCCUUUCCCUUGUACAGUGAAAAAAGAGGUUAUAAGAUGGUAAACUCUGUAACAAUCAUUGGAAACUACAUUUAUUUCACUUCGUUAAUUUAUAUAAUGGAAUCUGUAUUACUACAGCUACCAUAAGUAACAUAAUUAUCUAUAAUAGCAUCUAAAAUUAUGAUAAGAUUCAUAAUUUUUUACAAAAUUUCUAUUGAUUGAUGUUAAAAAACAAACAAAAAAACUCAAAAUAGUACAAAAAAUUGGAAGCAUGUAGACAUGUUAGAGUGCAUUCACAGCUAAGAGGAUGUUAUUCUUGUUGCUAUGUUAUAAAUGCAGAUCAGCUUCCUUGGUUAAAUUUACAUUUCAUCCAAUAUAAUUUCUUGUAUAUGUUGAUUUUGCUUCCUUCCGAAGCACCCAAGUUUUCAGCUUCUACUAAUCUUUAGAUUUGGAUCCCCUGGUGGUUUGAAUAAUACUUCCGCCAGACCCUAAAUUAAAUAUCACUUUGUUUCCUUUUAUGCUAAAGAAAUUAUUUGUGUAAUAAAUUUUAUAAAAAGUGUUCCAAGGAAAGCUAAAGGAAAAGAUAAGGAACAUGUAGCUUACACGUUUUAAUGAAAUAUUUGAUAGGAUGUGUUGGUAAGUGUGCCAGCAGCCCCUGCUUUAACCAAGGAACAUGUCGCGAGGGCUAUGACCGCUACAGAUGUGAUUGCUCUUAUACUCCCUGGAGAGGCUGGAACUGUGGCAGGGGUAAGUCCCUCUGAGAAGCUAUCCUUUUUUUAUUGCCGGCAUAUUAAAAAUAAGCUGUGAUUUUGGAAGGGGUCUCUGAGUAAAUUGUUAGGACAGUGGAAUAAUGCUUUUCAUGAGGCUUUUGACAUCUUAUUGGCUUUUGACAUAUUAUUGAUUUCUAUAUCAGUCUAAAUAGAAUUGGUGUAAAUUCAAAUUUUUUAAAAUAUUUUCAUGGGUAAAAAUAUUCUUAUAUACUUUUGCCCUCUUGUGUAAAUUCAAGUACCAGUAAAAUCUUUUGUUUGAUCUUCUCCUUAAAAAAAAAAGCUGUAACUGUAUGGUUUUCUUCUUUAAAAAAGUUAUUUUGGAUGGUUUUCAUAUUAUAAAGGUCACUUGGAUGGUUUUCAUCUAAAUUUUAUUAAUCUUAAUUUAAAGAUGCUGAAUGUGUGGAGUAAUAGUUGAUUUUUUUUCUUCUCUUAUGUGCUCUAACAGAAGUAGGUGUGAACCUUAAGAACAACUACAUGAUCCGGUACACCUUUGAUGAAACUCAGGGCUUGUCUGCCUCAGAUUUCCAACGCGCCAUGAUUGGAUUCUCCACCAAAGUCAAACAGGGAAUUCUCAUGCAGAUUAGAAAUGAGGAGAACACAGAGUAUAUCAGUGUGGAGAUGAAUAACAAUGGUAAGACAAUAGGAAAUAUUUUGAGAUAUGCCAAAUUUUGCAAAUAACUUAGUAACCCGCCCAUUAGUAGUACGAUGAGAAAAUCCUGUUGUAAUUCUGAAAAUAGAAUAAAAUAUAAAACUAAAUGGUCGUGUUAUAAAAUUACAAUUUUUAUUUGCGACAUAGCCUUUAAUUACUUUUUGUUACUGUUGGAUGCUGAAUUUUGAUGUUUCUUUUUUACGGUAGUCUUAAUCAUUUUGACUGAUAUUAAAGUUUUCUCUUAUUGUCUGACAGGUGGUGUCAAAGUGGCCAUGGAUGUUGGUUUUGAGAGAGUUGAGGUGAACACACCUAUGCAGAUGGGUGUUGACUAUGCCAACAGUCAGACUCAUGUUGUUGUUGUGGAGCGGAGUAACUUUGGCAAAGAUAUGAAAGUCCAGGUAAUAUUCAUAAAUGAUUACAAAUUUGAUCUUGGGGAAAAUUGCUUUCAAGAAUAAUAUAUAUUAAUGGUAUCUUUUAUAUACUUUAGUACUGUUUCCCAAAAAGCAAAAAUAUCUGUUUUUGCAAAAAAGGAUCAAAAGUUUACUUUUUUUUUUUUUCUAAUCCAUCCUGUUUGGACUGAAAUUGUUUAACUGCUAAUUAGUAUUUCAAUUCUCAAAUACUAGUAAUAAAAAGUUAAGCAACAUUACUAUUUAGUAACAACUAAAAAAAAUUAAGUAAUUGUUUAAGCCCGAAUAGGUCAAUGAAGCCUAAAUUUUAAGUAGCAUCUCUACUGUUUCUCUACAAUUAAAUUUAGAAAGAUUUAGAUAUAUGCCAAAUUGCAUCCCUGCAUUUUGAAUUUAGCCAAAAUUUUCUAGGGAUUGGCUCACUGAGCUCCCUUCCCAAACAUGUUAAAGAUACAAAGCUAAAAUUUGUUGUGGUAUAUUAAGAAUUAAAAUGGUGAGGUCAUUUUGACAAGUAACAUAUAUCUAAUUAAAUCUAAUUGCUCACAAAACAAGCCCUGGUAAAAGCAUGUAUACUCACAAAUAGAAAUGGUAGUAGGAUGCUAACUCGUUUCCAUAGAGUGAUUUCCCCUCAACCAACGUACAUUAAAUCAUUCACAUUUUUAUUCACGAUUGCACACGCCAGAAAGGUACAAACUUUAUGACAGUUAUAGUGUUAAUAAAUUACUUAUUUUUCUUAGAGUAAAUGCAUUAUUUUAUUUUAAUAUUAUAAAUAUAUAGUCUAUGAAUAUAUAUAUAUAUGAAUAUAUAUAUGUAUAUAUAUAUAUAUAUAUAUAUAUAUAUAUAUAUAUAUAUGUAUCUAUAUAUAUAUAUAUAUAUAUAUAUAUAUAUAUAUAUUAUAUAUAUAUAUAUAAUUAGAGUAAAUAUAUUAUUUUAUAUUAAUAUAAUAAAUAUAUAGACAAUAAAUAUAUAUAUAUAUGAAAAUAUAUAUGUAUAUAUAUAUAUAUAUAUAUAUAUAUAUAUAUAUAUAUAUAUAUAUAUAUGUAUAUAUAUAUAUAUAUAUGUAUAUAUAGUCUAUGUAUAUAUAUCGAGGGUCACGAAGGGAAAGAUAAUAAAUGGGUAUCAUAUUUUACGGACUAUUAGAUGCUACAGAAUAUAAGACACACCUUAAUUUUUAAGCAAUUUUUUUUUACAAAUUGCAUAUAUAUUAUGUUAAUUUUGAGUAUAAGACGCACCUGAAUUUUGGAGGCAAUUUUUUGAAGAAAAAGGUGCGUCUUAUAGUCCGUAACUAAAAAAGGAAUUGGGAAAUGCUACUUUAGAAUAUUUCAUAAAUUUAUGUUACACUUUUGACCAUAAAAAUAUUCUACCAUAGGUUGACAACUAUCCAGCUGCUUAUGCAAGAUUCGGAGAUGCUUCCAGUCAGUCUGAUACCAUUUUGGAUAAUCCUAAAUAUCUCUUUAUAGGCAACAAUGGUAGGUACCAUGGCAUAUUGGCAUUUAAAAAUCAUUAGGUCAUUGAAAUAGUAAAAAUAAUUGUACUGGGUACCAUACAUGUGCUAAUUAAUUUUUUUAAGCUUCUUCUAAUAUACCCUAUAUAAUUAGUGUUUAUAAUUUAAUUCAGAUAUUCUGAAGAUAUAUUUUCACUGCUAAAACCUUGUAGCCUCUUUACCAUUAACUUAAAUAAGACUUCUUCCGAAUUGUAUGCACAGACAUUUUUGUUUAUUUUUAAUAAUUUGUUUGAGUGGGGGGGAUUAUAAUUUAACUGCCUAUUAAAGGUACCAGUAUUAUGAAAACUAAUUACAAAAUAUUUGAAAUAAAUUUACUUAAGUGCUGUAUUUUUUUAUUUAGUAAAUUUGUGUUAUGGGGUAAAAUUUACCUCACAAAUUUCUUUUAUUUUAUUUACAGAUACAUCCAACACAAAUCGUGGGUUUGAAGGCUGCAUCUACCGCAUGCAAGUAGAUAACAUCUUCCCACUCAAAAGAGCAUUCCAGGAUCCUAAACCUUCAUACAUAGCACUUAUACCAGAUGGUGACAAGGUGAGCAACUUUUAUAACAUAAUUCUAUGAUCAGCAAUUGUUUAUUUAAAUUUUUUUUUGUCGUGUAAAGUUAGUUUAUUUAUCACUGAAAUAUUGUACUGCCUUUCACCGCCCAGGUGAGAGAAGACAUGUGCAGCUUUGAGGAAAUCACUGCCUCCCCUGAACCCAUCCAGACAAGACCAUUCACUGGUAUCCUACAGAAUGUCACCUACAGGAGGGUGACAGAUGCUCCACUUACAGAUGAAGAGAAGGCUUUAGUUGGAGGUAUUUAUAACUUUAAAAUGAAUAACAUAUCGUGUAUUUGCUCUAAUUUAUUGUAGUGUUUUUUGGUUAAUUUUAUAUUUUACUCACUUACAACGAUAGUUUGACAAGCUUGUUAGUUAAUUUUAUAAAUUUUAGUUCAUUACAAUAUUAAUUGGACAUGUUAUUUAUAUAUAAAGUAGAUGGACUAAUUCGGUGAUUGCAGAAGUGCUUAUUUACCAUUAUGACAAUCUCAUAACCCAAAAACUUUUGCUGGACAUUUGAAAAGAAAUUUAAAAGCUAUUUUUAAGUUAAUAUGCGCAUUAAGAGAACAAUAGCAUGAUAAUGAUAUUUUAUGUGAUCUGUGUAUGCAAAGAAAUUAAAACAAAUCUCAUUUUGUUUUCAUAAGCAUAAGGAUUUUUUUGUUUUUACCACAAUUCAAUGCUUUUUUUUUUUCUACAAUGAAACAUAGUUGUUUAAUUGUGCUAUUUUUACCCCUCUGGGGCUUUAUUAAAACAUAUAUUUUUCUUAACAUCAAAUAUUGACAAAAAAUUGUUAUCAACUCCACAGUCGGAUGUGCCUUGCUUAUCAUUCUCUUAGUCUGUAUAAUUCUGUUCUGCUGCCGCAGCAGAUUUGAGGGCGCGGACUAUGAGACAGAGGAAGCCAAGGGAGCAGAGUUUGCCGAUGAUCCAGACAGUGCUGUUGUGUACAAUCAAACCGGGUUGCCUAAUAUGCCUAAAAGUUAUGAAUACUUUAUGUAAGAAUGGAAUCAAGGUUUCUGUUUGCAUGUGUUGAAUGGCUUUUUGUACUUGAGUUUCAGGGGAGAGAGAGGGGGUUGUCAUUAUACGUUUAUCUGUAAUCUGAACAAAUGUUUGACUCAAAGUGUUGGAAUGAUGAAUGGUUUCUGAGCCUGCCUUUUAAGAAUGUAAAUAAUGGCAUACUCUGUGGACAUAAGGAUUGUGUAUCAAUGCUCAAAUGAAUUAAAAAAUUUUCCUCAGCAAAAUCACAUUAUAAAUUUACAUAGCGAGAUGUUUUUUCUAUCAUUAUAUUCCUGAGAUCAAAUUGUGACACAUUAUUUUGGAACAUUUGUUGGCAUAAAUGUGUGGUGAAUUAACCCCUUUCCAUGCCAGAAAUAUGUGUGUGUACAUAUUAAAAUUAACUAAUGUAUGGAACUUAGAAACUGAACAUGCUGAGAAGAAAGUUGGACUGAAAUUUUUUAUAUGACUGGGUAGAGAGAGAUAUAAUUCUGUUGGAACCAUUGUGUAAAUAUAUAUAUGAUGUUUGUACAUAAAAUUAUUUAGAUACACUCCAUUGUAUUCCAUUAUUGAUUGGUUUUUAAAUAUAAUGAGACCAUGUUUUCGUUUAUGAAAGUUUUUAAAAAAAAUGUAAUUAUUAGCACUUCUUUUGUACUUCAAGGAUGUUCAUUAAAAGAAUAAAGUUGCAAUUAAGAUUUAUACCAUAAGUAUAAUCUUAGUUAAUUUUUUAUUUAAUUUUUUUUUAUUCAUACAGGUAUCUCUUUAUCACUUAACUGCUGAAAAUAUUGUUGCCUAGGAAAUUUCAUUACCUUACCUUUUUUUCCAUAAUUAAAGGAUCUGACCGAUGUGCAUGCAAGUUAUUAUAACUCCCAGCUUUUCGCUGUCACUAAACUUUAGAUUUUAACCUGAAAUUUUUUUAAGUUGUGAAAUCUGUCAGCAUUUGUGAUGGCAGAGAUUAGUGAGUUGAACCAUGAGGUUGUUUGAUAUUUGAUAUUAGCUUUACAGAGCUUCUAAAAAAAAAAUUAAUCUUUUUUUUGCAUUGAAAACCGAGACACACCCAUGACUUUUUAGAAGUGACGGCAAGUGUGAAACCGUUUUCCUUUUACAUAUUACUUAAGAAAAACAAAUCUGUUUGGUUACAUGUUUGUGUUUUUUAAAUAUAAGUCUGUAUUUAUCUGAGGAAGAUAUACUUUUGUUGUUCACAUUUUCCUGUUUUCGUCAUUGUAAAAAAAUGAAUAUUUCUGUUUUAAAUCUUACGGAAAAAUUUCUCCUUCAAAGUUUGCUUUCAUUGAACAGCCUCCUUGUAGGCCUUCUUCGACUUCCUAAAUUAUAAGAAGCAUUCAAUUUUUUCAAUGUUAAACUUUAUUUUUUAAAAUUAACGUUUUCCAUUAUUUUCGUGGGUUUAUUUUCCUCGAUAAAUUUAGUGUUAAAAUUUUCUACACAAUUUUACAAACUUCGUACAUUAACAAUAUACAUGAUAUUAAUAUGUGAUGGAAGAAAAAAAAAUUUUUAAUUGAAAAACCCACAAAUUGUCACAGGCUGCCUUUGUAUCGAUUGUGAUCGAUCGUGACCUUGUUUUAACACUGGAGUGCGUUUGGAGUUUUUGUUGCAUCAUUCAUUAUAGUACAACUAAAGUUUAGCCCCUUCAGAAUUAACGUGUGUUCAUUUAGCUUUAUUCCUACUCGUCCUUUUAUGUUAACUCUUCACUAUAUUUGUUCUAUACUUUGUUUUGAAAUAAUUCAUUACUUUAAUUUUAAAUACAUACAUUCCCUACUAAUGUAGCCCUCUUAGAUAUGAAUUGUUCAUUCUUCCAUACUGCCAAGGUUAUUUCCUCUAGAAGCAGUCUGAAGAAAUAUCGUUUUGUCCAGCUUGCAGCAAAACAUUUCAUCACAUAUUUGUCAUAUUUUAUAUUAUAUGAACUAGUUCAUUUAUUGUACUAAGACUAAGCAAGCAUUCCAUAAUUUGUCAACUCUAUUCAAUAAAAUGAGUUAAGUAUGCCACUCUUUGUUGUUUGAUAUUUACCUCAUUUGCGUGAGUUUUAUUAGUUAACAAAAUAUAUUAAGCUUGUGUAUUUCCUGUGGUUUUGAUGUUCAAAGUGUGAUUGGUUAAACAACAAUAAAAUUAUUAUUAUUA